AUGGCAACACCAGCCCCCACAUCUCGCUCUCGCGCUCCCCCAGCAGGCGACGAAGAAGCAUCCACCGUUCUGAAGCUCGGAGAAUUCCAAGAUGUAGACGCACUUACUCAUUCUGAAGCCGCACUCGUCAUCAACGCGCUUGUCGCAAAGCGUCGUGGUGAUCGCAAGAAUGUUAAUGAGACUGAGAUCUUGAGUAAGACGCAAGAAUACCUGGAUCACUUUGCGAGAUUCAAGAGAAAGGAAAAUGUGGAGGCUGUAGAGAGAUUGUUGGGAAGUAGGGGAGAAUUGGCGAAAUUCGAGAGGGCGCAGCUGGGGUUGAAAGGGGAGAUAGGGAGAAAUGAAGAGGGCAGUUUGGGGAAGAUGGAUAACGAGGGUAUCAUUGGGAGAAGCAAUGCUAACAUGAGAUGUAAAGGCUCAUUGUGUUGCGACACGGCCGAUGAAGCGAAGACUCUGAUACCCAGUUUACAAGAUAAAAUCAGCGAUGAUGAUUUGACAGAGUUAUUGGAUGAAAUCACAAAGUUGAUGGGAUUUACGAAUUAA